AUGCCAACUGUAAAUGUCGACAAGGAAGAUCUUUAUUCGACACUUGGGAAACAAUAUACUACUGAAGAAUUUCGUGAGUUAUGCUUUGAAUUUGGUAUUGAACUAGAAGAGGAUACCUCGGAAAAUAAAGUGGAUAGUGUUGUCUCCGAAGCAGGUGGAAUCUCUGAAAGAGCGCUAUUAAAGAUAGAUAUACCUGCUAACAGAUAUGAUCUUCUUUGUCAAGAAGGAAUAUCACGCGCUCUUCUUAUUUUCCAAGAAAAAGUCAAACCACCUGAUUUUCGUGUGCAGAAACCGGCCAACGGAAUAAUGGAAAAAAUUAUCAUUGAACCGGAGACAGCCCAAAUUAGACCUCACGUUGUUGGUGCUGUUCUCAGAAAUAUUCAUUUUACUGAAAAGUCAUAUAAUAAUUUUAUCGAUUUGCAAGAUAAAUUGCACAAUAAUCUUUGCAGAAAACGUACACUUGUUGCUAUUGGAACUCACGAUCUUGACACAAUCAAAGGUCCGUUUACUUAUAAAGCUCUUACACCCAAAGAAAUUAGAUUCAAGCCUUUGAAUCAGUCGAAAACCGACAAACAUCUUGGAAAAUUUCUUCACAUUAUUCGUGAUUCCCCUAUUUAUCCGGUGAUCUUCGAUUCAAAUCGUAUUGUUUGUUCUUUACCACCCAUUAUCAAUGGGGAACACUCGAAGAUUACUCUAAAUACCAAAAAUGUUUUCAUUGAAUGCACCGCAACUGAUUUGACUAAGGCCAAGAUUGUCUUAAACACUGUUGUUACAAUGUUUUCAGAAUAUUGUAAAGAAAAAUUUACGGUUGAACCUGUGCAAGUCAUAUAUCCUGACGAGAAUUCCCAUAUUUAUCCAGAUCUGGAACCACGCACUAUGAAUGCAAAGAUUGAUUAUAUAAAUUCCUGCAUUGGAUUAAAUCUUGCACCUGCGCAGAUCGUUUCACUUUUGAAUAGAAUGUCGCUUGGUGCAAAGAUAUCGACUAUUCAUGAUAAUCAAAUAGAAGUUGAAAUUCCACCAACUAGAGCUGAUAUUUUACAUCCAUGUGAUAUAAUGGAAGAUGUUGCUAUUGCCUAUGGUUUCAACAAUAUUCCAAAGACUUUCCCCACGAGUGCUACGGUAGGGAAAGCCUUUCCUAUCAAUAAAUUAAGCGAUCUAGUGCGAAGAGAGCUUGCAUCGGCCGGAUGGACUGAAGUCCUGCCAUUAAUAUUGUGUUCACACGAAGAGAAUUUCGCAUAUCUCGGCAAGGAAGAUGAUGGAACGACCGCUAUAAAAUUGGCAAAUCCUAAAACUGCCGAAUAUCAGGUUGUUCGCACUUCUCUCCUUCCUGGUGUAUUGAAGACUUUGAGAGAAAAUAAAAAACAUGCAUUGCCAAUUAAACUCUUUGAAGUUUCGGAUGUAGUUUUUAAAGAUGACUCUUUAGAAAGACGUGCUCGGAAUGAAAGGAAAGUCUGUGCGAUAUAUAGCAAUAAAACAUCUGGGUUUGAGGUAAUUCAUGGGUUAUUGAAUUAUCUCUUGGAAAUGCUUCACGUCAACUUAGUUUCGCCAUCUGAAGAUGAAAGUGGAUAUUUCAUAAAGGAAUCAUCAAAUCCAACCUUCUUUCCAAAACGUAGCGCUGACAUUUUCUUACGAACUGUCUCUUCAUCUUCAAAUACGACAACAACAAAGAUUGGUAGUUUUGGUAUUAUUCAUCCUAAUGUAUUAGAAAAUUAUGAAUUGUUUGUGGCGGAUGGAGUUUUUUUUGCAGAGUUAAAUGAAUUUUUUACUCGAGAGUUGGCUGAAGAGGGUUAUUCCGGCGUGGAAGUACGAGUUACUCCCGCACGGACGGAACUUAUUAUACGUGCUACACACACACAAGAAGUGCUUGGUGAAAGAGGACGUCGAAUUCGUGAACUUACUGCUUUAAUUCAAAAAAGAUUCAAGUUCCCGGAAAAUACUGUGGAACUUUACGCGGAAAAAGUACAAAAUCGUGGUCUUUGUGCUAUUGCUCAAUGUGAAUCACUUCGUUAUAAAUUACUCGCCGGUCUUGCUGUGAGAAGAGCUUGUUAUGGUGUACUUCGUUUCAUCAUGGAAUCUGGUGCAAAGGGAUGCGAAGUGGUAGUGUCUGGUAAAUUAAGAGCUGCUCGUGCAAAAUCCAUGAAAUUUGUUGACGGAUUCAUGAUCCAUUCUGGUCAGCCAAUUCGUGAGUAUGUUGACACCUCAGUGCGUCAUGUUAUGUUAAGACAAGGUGUAUUAGGUAUCAAAGAAUGGGAUCCAAGUGGAAAAGUUGGUCCUAAGAAUCCAAUUCCUGAUCUAGUCACUGUUAUGGAUCCCAAAGAAGAGCAUCCCAUUACACAGCCAACUUCUGAAGAUUUCCAGGGUCUUCCUCAGGAUAUUCCGGUCGCUCCUACCUCUCCUGUUCCGAAAGAGUUUACCCCUCAAACAGACUGGGCUCCUGUUCCUCAGCCUCAGGAUCUAGCUCAACAGCAAACCUCGGAUGGAUGGGGAGAUUGA